AUGACUUGCCCAUCAGGAGACUCGUGCUCGCCUGAAAGAGUCCACGAGGCGUUUUCGUUCCUCAGGGAAAAUUUACCAGUCUCUUUACAAAAUCCUAAAGUUGCAAUUGUGUGUGGCUCUGGUUUGGGGGGCCUGGCAAAUACUAUUCGUGAUGAGCCACGGGCAGAGUUUGAUUAUUCUUCUAUUCCACAUUUCCCACAUCUAACAGUUCCUGGACAUGCAGGCAAACUUAUCUUCGGCCUUCUGGAUGAACAGGUGCCUGUUGUUUUGAUGGUUGGGCGUGCCCACUACUACGAGGGUCAUUCUAUCAACCAAGUGACAUUCCCUGUUCGAGUUUUCAAAUUGCUGGGGGUGGAUACUCUAGUGUUGACUAAUGCUGCGGGAGGUUUGAAUUCAGAGUAUGCGGUCGGCGACAUUGUAUUAUUGAACGAUCAUAUCUUCCUGGCCGGUUUGGCAGGCACUCAUCCACUCAGAGGAGCGAACGCCGAAGAGUUUGGUCCUCGCUUUCCCCCUUUGUCAGAUGCUUACGACCUCGAGCUCCGACGUCAUGUGCAUACAGCUUGGGGGGAGGUGAUGCAGGCAGAAAGCCAACGACGGCUGCAUGAAGGUGUGUAUGCUUUUGUUGGAGGACCCAGUUACGAAACAAGGGCCGAAUGCCGCAUGCUUCAUAAACUCGGCGCAGACGUGGUUGGCAUGUCAACUGUACCAGAAAUUGUUGUCGCCAGACACUGUGGCAUCAGAGUCUUAGCACUUAGUUUGGUAACAAACUGUGCUGUUCUCUCUCCCGUUCCUCGUGGAGACGAUCGUCUUUUACAGGGAAAGGGCGUCGAAGAGCUGGGUGCUAUUCUGCAGGAGGGUAAAGCAAACCAUGAGGAAGUUCUCGAGGCUGGCCGUUCAGCAGCCAUUGAUAUGCAGAGGGUUGUAGUCCGAACCAUAUUGGGCGCAUACAAGGGCGAUUAGUAUGUGCGAUCGCACUUUGGAUGGCUCGGAGUGAGAUGACGGGCAAUUGCUCAGAAUCGCCCAAUUCAUCGCGAACCGUUAAUUUAGCCCUGCCUAAAAGCAUACCAAGAAUGGUUCGGGAGAUAUCCUUACAGUAUCAUGGUUUAAAGAGCCGUCCAUGUAAGAAUGACAUCAGCCUUAUCACUUGCCUUUUGAGCUUCUCUUGGCUUGCAGAUGCUUGUAAAAGGAUUUCUUGCCGCUCUGCUUGCUGGUCUGUAUUUCUCUGUAUUUAGACUCAAACCGCCUGUUGUGUCGCUCUUGGUCUAGUACUUCUUCCACGAAAGUCCUCUUGCGAUCUUUCUUGGCAAUGCGACCACUGAAGAACUCAGUUGGACCUUCAAUAAUGGUUCCCACUUGAGAAUACUUAGGCGGCUGUGCUUUUCCAUUUUCUUUCUUGUAGUGUCUUUUAGGAUCUAAUACCGAUCGCAUUCUGAGAAGUUGUAAAUCCCUUUUGAAUUCUGGUGUCAAUUCUGUCUGGGGAAGGUCGAACCAGUUGCUGCCAGCUGUAGGUUU